GCGGGCACUGGAGGAGCCAGUUGCGAAGCAGAAUCCCAACAACAUCCUCUCCUCCGGCUGAUUGGUUGCUUUGCUACUUUAGGCAAGAACCAGCCGUCCUCCGGAGAUAACUCUGCAGGCUCCGAGAAGCGACAACUCUUCGACCUGCAGGCCCAGGCCGAGGCGCUGAGUGAUAUUCACCUUCGCGGUGGUAACGAUGACAAGGUGCGUGCUGAUGUUAAACAACUGGUAGCCUGGUCUCUUCGGCUUUUGCCACACCAACAACAGCAAAAGCGCAAGCCUGAUCCCCGUCCCCUGCAGGCCUGGCAAUCCUACCAUGAGCAACGCCUCGAGCAGUCCAGUCCCGCCUUCCUCGCGGGCACUCCACGACCCAGUCUCGCAGAUCUAGCUGCUCUGCUAGUUAUUUCUCAGCACAAACUGGUCUUUAACUCGCCCGCUGGUCGCCAGUGGUCUGGGAAGUUAACCUCGCAGUCAGCUGUAAGUAGACGUACUUGA